AUGGGUGCUUCAUACAGAUGCAAUACAACAAUAUCAAGCAACGAACACAUAGACAACAACGACGUAAAGUUAAACAGGCAGUUAAACAAAACGCCAAUAAUAAGGCAUAGCUGUAACAUCCACAGCAACAGCAACUGCUGCAACAUCAACAAAAGCAGUAGCAACAGCAGCUGCAAGCAACAUCAACAACAGCAGUUGCGACAUCAACAACAGCAGCUGCAACAUCAACAACAACAGCUGCAACAUCAACAACAGCAGCUGCAACGUCAACAACAUCAACAGCAACAAAUGGAUAGUGAUCUGGAAUUGAACAAAAAAGCAGGAGCAGCAGCAACAGGAGGAGGAGGAGGAAUAACAACCCCCCCGCCCCCCGUCAUCCCUGUUAAAGCAGAUAACGCUUAUCAUGGUCAGAUCAGAUUUCAAAAGAUGGAGUAA